GUUGGUGUACCUCUAAAUAGUCCCUCUGUCGACCUGAAGAGAGCUCCGUCUUCGGCGAGAUUGGAGAGCAUCCGAUCGGCCCAAUCAGGUUACCCCGCUUCAUGGUACGGGGGAAUUCUUCCCAUCAGGCUUCUUAUCUCCUUGACUUCAAUGUCACCUUGUAACAGCACCAUAUCAUAAGCUACCCAACGGCCAUCGACACAGACCCUUUUUGUCAACAGAACCCGCGGUAAUAGCGGCAUAUUUCGUGUUAACAAAGUUUGUCGACGAUUCCCUUUAAGCCAAAGACUGGGCAUCCGCCUUUUCGCGAAGAUGUGGUUGAUCCGGUGUUCGCAUUUCGCUCUUGUGCGCUUCGACGGCAUGAUAAGUCGCUACCCUUGGGAGCGGCCCAGAUAUCUGAUUCUAUCUCACACAUGGGGAGCUGAGGAAGUCGCGUUCUCGGAUAUGACAAACGUCGAGGCUGCUAAACGGAAGAAGGGCUGGGUCAAGAUCGAAGGGAUAUGUCGGGUGGCGCGGGGGAGGAACGUCGACUAUGCUUGGGUUGACACCUGCUGUAUCGACAAGAGCAGUAGCGCCGAGUUGACCGAAUCCAUCAACUCCAUGUAUGCCUACUACCGCGAAGCCUGGGUCUGUAUUGCAUUCCUUGAGGACCUUAAGCCAGGCGAGGAUUUACCGACCGAAGAGCAACUUGGUCGUUGCAGAUGGUUCACCCGUGGCUGGACGCUUCAAGAGCUUAUCGCCCCUGAAAAGGUCUGGUUUUAUGACACAGACUGGAAAUUCCGGUGUGACACCUUGGAAGUGCUGGAAGCCAUACAGAGCAUCACGAAUAUCGACAGGCGGGUUCUCGCGUUGGAACGAAGGCCUCUCGAUGAUAUAUCAGUCGCACAGAAGAUGUCCUGGGCCGCGGGCAGGACCACCACACGUAUCGAAGAUCGCGCGUACUCGCUCUUGGGCAUAUUUGGAGUGAACAUGCCUCUGAUAUAUGGCGAAGGGCAAGGCGCUUUCCGUCGACUCCAAGAGGCCAUUUUACAGCAGAUAAACGACUUGUCCAUCUUCGCGUGGGAAGAACCAUCGCCAUCCGAUGUCCUAUGUGGUGUCCUGGCCCCAAGGCCGGAAGCCUUUUCGGGAGCCGGAACAAUAGAGCUGAUGGACGACCCAAACGUACCCAUUCCUUCGUUCACCGUCACGAACGCCGCGGUAGAGAUGUCAACUUUUUUGGGCAUUCAUUAUGGUGGCACAAGUCCAAUGAUGGUGCCAGAAACGGGCGAUCGCUUGUUACACCUUCGUUUCCGGGCCUAACUGUUUCCGAAUCGACAACAACCCGCACUUCGCUGGUGUUGUCCGGAUAGAGUUCCUCAUGCACACCCAUGACCCAUUGGGCAAGG